GUCAGGCAAACACAAGCACGCUCACACCACCGGGAGGUCAGAACUUCCAGCGGGCUGUCUGCUGCCACAGCUCCACCGCUGGGUGGGGGGAAGCGGAGGGAGCCUUGAGCUGUGAGCCUUGCCGGGGACUCACCCGGAGCUGGGAGCAGAGGCAGGUGUGUGCAGGUGCAUCACCCAGAUCAUGAGGUCAUCUCUCUCCUUGCUCCUCCCACUUCUCCUCAUCUUGGCCUCAGUGACCAAAGGUCAGCCAACAAGACGACCAAAACCCGGGGGCAGGCCCAGGCCCAGGCCGAGGCCCAGGCCCACACCAUCGAAGCCUACCGACCUGCCUCCUCCCCUCCCGCCAGGCCCUCCGUCUCUCUUUCCUGACUGUCCCCGGGAAUGCUACUGCCCCCAUGACUUCCCAUCUGCCCUCUACUGCGACAGCCGCAACCUCAGGAAGGUGCCUGUCAUCCCACCCCGCAUCCAUUACCUCUAUCUCCAAAACAACUUCAUAACUGAGCUCCCAGUGGAGUCCUUCAAGAACGCCUCGGACCUGCGGUGGGUCAACCUGGACAACAACAAGAUCAGCAAGGUGGACCAGAAGGUGCUGGAGAAGCUACCCAGCCUGGCGUUCCUCUACAUGGAGAAGAACCAGCUGAAAGAGGUGCCCUCCGCCCUGCCCCGGAACCUGGAGCAGCUGAGGCUGAGCCAGAACCAGAUCUCCAAGAUCCCCCCGGGGGUCUUCAGCAAGCUGGAGAACCUGCUGCUCCUGGACCUCCAGCACAACCAGCUGAACGACAACGUCCUCAAGCCUGACACCUUCCAGGGCCUCAAGAAACUCAUGCAGCUCAACCUGGCCCACAACGAACUGAAGAAGAUGCCCCCCAAGGUCCCCAAAGCCCUUCACCAGCUCUACCUGGACAGCAACCAGAUCGCGACCAUCCCUAACGGAUACUUCAAGGCCUUCCCCAACCUCGCCUUCAUUCGCCUUAACUACAACAAGCUGUCCGACAGGGGGCUCCCCAAGAACUCCUUUAACCUCUCCAACCUGCUCGUGCUCCACCUGUCCCACAACAAGAUCAGCAGCGUGCCUGCCAUUAACAACAAGCUGGAGCACCUGUACCUCAACAACAACCACAUCGAGAAGAUCAACGGGACCCAGAUUUGCCCUUACAACCUGUUCACCUUCCGGGACUUCUCAGAUCUGGAGAACGUGCCACACCUGCGCUACCUGAGGCUGGACGGGAACUACCUGAAGCCGCCCAUCCCGCUGGACCUCAUGAUGUGCUUCCGCCUGCUGCAGUCCGUGGUCAUCUAGGCCUCGCUCUGCCCUGCGUCCUCUCCGAUCGCCCUUGAAGACGGUGGCCCAGGCGCCGGGCCCACCACUCGUCUUCUCUGUCUCCCUGUCUUUCUCCCCGCUUUGCCUUUCUCAGCCCACCUUCCUGAGGCGGGACGAGCCACAGCCUCAGGACCGAGACCUCCCAGGCCUUGGGGGGGCCAUCCAGCCCAGAGACACCCACUGCAUGCUGACCCUCUGGCCCAGAGCACAGGUGUCUGUUUAAAAAUUUCAUAGUCCCUGCU